AUGAGGUUGACGUGGGUAACCACUCUGGUUGCUCUAUUGCUCACCUCGACCCCGUUCACUGUCGCAGAAGACAUACACUGCGACAAGAACAAGCCUUGUGAGGUUGGUUGCUGCGGUACCAACAAUGUUUGCGGCACUGGUCCAGACUACUGCAGCAAGGCCAAGUGUAUCAACAGCUGUACCUACAAAGCUGAAUGCAAUCCAGGCAAGUGGGAUUCGCAGUACUUCAACGCUACCAAGUGUCCCCUCAAUGUGUGCUGCAGCAAGUUUGGCUUCUGCGGUACCACUGAGGAGUUCUGCGGUAAAGAGACUGUCAAGAGACCCUCCUGCAACAUUGGGUCUCAGUCAGUCAAGCGUGUGAUCGGUUACUAUGGCUCUGGUGGUGCAACCCGCAAAUGCAACCCCAUGAUCCCCGACGCUUUCCCUCAGGGCAUUUACACCCACAUCUACUUCGCAUUCGGUAGUAUCGACCCCAAAUCGUUCAAGGUCGUGCCCGCCAAUGCAGGAGAUCAACAACUUUACUCUCAAUUGUCCUCACUCAAGACUCGAGACUCGGGCCAAGAGCUCUGGUUGUCUAUUGGCGGCUGGACCUUUUCUGACAAGGGUUCGCCAACAGCGACAACCUUUUCAGACUUGGUCAAUGCCGACGAGACACGUCAGAACGUCUUCUUUGCUAGCUUGACCCUCUUCAUGCAGACUUGGGGCUUUACUGGCAUUGAUAUCGACUGGGAGUAUCCAGUUGAUAAAGACCGCAGUGGCCGUCAGUCUGACUUCAAGGCCUAUCCAAAGUUCUUGAAGCGACUCAAGUCCGCUCUCGGUGACUACAAGUACGGCCUUUCUGUUACUCUUCCUACUAGCUACUGGUAUCUGCAACACUUUGAUCUAGAGAACAUUGAACCAUCUGUGGACUGGUUCAAUGUUAUGAGCUACGAUCUUCAUGGAGCAUGGGAUAUUGGUAAUAAGUGGACGGGUGCAUUUGUUGGAGCGCAUACCAACUUGACUGAGAUCACGAGCUCGUUGGAUCUUCUCUGGCGCAACAAAGUCUCUCCGUCCAAGGUUGUGCUAGGCUUGGCAUUCUACGGCCGAUCUGUUACACUGGCAACUUCAUCCUGCUCCGAGCCAGGCUGCCCAUACCUUUCGGCUGGAGAUGCUGGAUGUAGCGGUGAAGCUGGAAUUCUUUUCAACAGUGAGAUCUCAGAUCUCAUUCGAGAGAAGAAGCUCAGGCCCAAGCUGUACAAGGACGCUGCCAUCAAGACAAUCCAAUGGAACAACGACCAAUGGGUUUCGUACGAUGACAGAGAUACUUGGAAACUCAAGGCCAACUUUCUCAAGUCUCAGUGCCUGAGUGGCGUGCUGGUCUGGGCUGUCGACUAUGACGACGACAAGCAUUCCUACUCCAACGGACUCGCAGCAGCACUUGGUAUCAAGGUCAAUGUUGACUCUGGCAGUGGCCUUACUAUCAAGCUACCUGAUAAGAAGGAGGAGUCCCAGGACUUCUGUUACUUUACAAACUGCGGUCAGACCUGCCCCAGUGGCUAUACAGAGAUUCCUCGCGGUGACAAGGACUCACAGAUCAUGCUGGACGCGACUGAAUGCUUGCCGGGUCAAGAUCAGGUACAGACACUUUGCUGCCCCAAGUCUUCCAAAGUGCCGAAGUGUCGAUGGCGAGGCUACCAAGGCAAUGACCACUGUCCAGUUGGCUGUAAUGCGGGUGAAGUCGCCGUUGGCACGCAUCACCAGGGUUGCAAGAAGUCCGGGUGGCAGACCGCUUGUUGUGAUGCUACCGAUUCCACUGGGCCUUGGUCCAAGUGCGGAUGGACAGCGGAUUGUUACGACGACGACGACUCCACGUGUCCCAAGGGCUUCUCGUCUUUUGUUGUGGGAUCCAGAGGCGGCUUUGGUGGUCAGAAGAGUUGCAAGAAAGGAAAGAAGUACAACUACUGCUGUACUGAGACUCCCAAGGCUUUCAAGAACUGCGAGUGGGUUGGUCAUGAGGUAUCCUUCCCUAAUGAACAGGCCUGUACCAAUACCUGUCCCCAUGGGUCCACUCGCAUCGCUGCGCAGGAUAUCAGCACGUCAUGGAGUACCUCUGGCUACCUUGCACAUACUGACCAGUGUACCUAUGGCUUUGAGGCAUAUUGCUGCGCUGGCGACAAGGAAUCCGACAAGGACGAGCGCGACAUUAUAGAGUACCAGGAUAAGGACGCAAAGGAGUUUGACUAUGCGCUGCAAAGGUUUCUCAAAGAUCCUGUCUGUCCUGAUGAGGAGAUUCAGUUCAGUGACGAUGAUGGGCUCAGCAGCGAUGAGGGACUCAUUGCACGGGACCUUCUCCUGGGCCGUGCCACAGACAAUUCAGCAGUUCUAAAUGUGCUCCUCCCCAUCAUGGGGGUUUGGGUUACGUCUCGAGAACCACGACUGGAUUUGACGGAAAUUUACAAUAGAGACGUUAGGGCGGCUGGGUUUGCCGACACUGCUGCCAACCUCACCACGUUUCGAGAACUGCUUUAUCAAAGCGACUGGAAUGGCCGACCCAGGUACUCUGGCAGAGCUGUCGCCAGAAUGGCGCUUUGCGAUCUCGCCGAGUCGAAAGAAGGUUUGGAGAACCUAGCUACUGUUCCUGCAGCACUGUGUGAGAUUCCGUCGAGCACCGGCUCUGAAGCUCACAAGCGAGAUGUUCAAGCUCGGUCGAUCAACGUCUGGAUUAUGUCAGAUCGUGCUAGGCCCCCCGCCAGCGACGCCGAACCAAGCGCUGCAUAUAUUUUCAAAGCCAUCGCGGCUGGCCAUCUGAGCUUACAUUAUUUACGCUGGCUUCCGCCGAGCCAAACGAGCCAAACGAGCCAAACGAACCGUCAAAUCAUUCUUGAGGUAGCUUACUGGAUUGGACCCUCUCCUGGUGUAGAAGAUCCAGCCCACUCGUACCGAAACCAGUACCGCGAUCGGAAUCACCACAAUGCAGUAGAUCGAUGGGUUGUCUUUCAUUUCCAUAUCCCAUUAAACUCGAACACAUUCUGGACGGAGCCGAACGGUGUAAACGACUACUACCUCGCUGUCUCUUCCUUCGGCAUGUAUCACAGUCAAGGCGUUCGCCGACCAAAUCCUACUCGAGGCUACAGGGGACCAAUUGAUUCCCGAGCCGAUUGGGUAUUCACCAGCUCGUACGCCAGUGGCAGUUUUAACACAGGAGCUCUCAUGAACUACAACCAGCGACGAGAACCUUUCAACUGCAACCCGCGAGGCUCAAAUAGAGUGCCAGGGCCUGCUUUUUAUCUAGGCCGCGACUAUAGUUCUCAGAUCAUGGAUCUAAGAACUGGUCGUCGGCCUACACAGUUGGCUACUCUUAUCAAUCAGUUUGGCAUUGACCUUCAUCGAGCGGGCGUUUUCAGGUCAGCUAACCUGGCGAGGAUCUGGCCCAUCGCCGCGAACGGAAAUUUGCCCCCGGCAGGUAGCAGCUGGGGUGAUCAACAAUACCGACCUGUUGCACAGGCUUUUCAAACCAACUUUGACCUCAACGGAGCUCGGGUAAACAACGUGCAGAAUGCUGAUCCGUGA